UCGGCGGCCGGGCGCGCUGCGUGUCUUUUAAACUCUGCGCCGCCGGGUCUCUCCACGUCGCUUCCUCUGUCUCUCUCUCUCACUCUUUUUUCUUUUUUUUUUGCCCGGGAGAUGAUGGACAGCAGGAUACUGGAUCCACCUCACGCCCAGUUCGGAGGCUCUCUCGGCGGCAUGGUGAGCUUUCCGUACCACCUCAGCCACCACCAUGUGUACGAGCUGGCCGGGCAUCAGCUGCAGUCCGCAGCCGCCGUCCCUUUCUCCAUAGACGGAUUACUGAACGGCUCGUGUGCCGCCUCGGUAGUGAACUCGAACCCGCUCCUGUCGUCUGGCUGCGCUAUGAAUGGAGAUAACCAGCAGUACAAACUGACAGAUUCAGGAGAUCCAGAGAAGGAUAGCCCUGGCUGUAAAAGAAGGCGAACUCGCACCAAUUUCACUGGCUGGCAGCUGGAAGAAUUAGAGAAGGCUUUUAAUGAGAGCCAUUAUCCAGAUGUGUUCAUGAGGGAAGCUCUGGCUCUCAGACUGGACUUGAUAGAAUCGAGAGUGCAGGUGUGGUUCCAGAAUCGUAGGGCCAAGUGGAGAAAAAAAGAAAACACGAAGAAAGGUCCAGGCCGACCAGCACACAACUCGCACCCGACCACGUGCAGCGGCGAGCCCAUGGACGCGGAGGAGAUCGCGCGGCGCGAACGAGAGCGUCUGGAGAAGAAGAAACGCAAGCAGGAGAAGCGGUUGCUGCGGGCGCAGGGGAGCAAGCUGCUUCCCGGGGACUUGUUUCACAUGACGGGCUCGGACAGCGACAGCGGCGUGUCACACGUGACGGACAGCGAGCACCAACACAUGCACUGCGAAACCGUCAGCCGUCACCAGACGCGCUCAAACUGCGAGCAAACGCCAAACCAAAGAAGCGCGCACUCGGACGCAAGCGGAGCCGAGCUGGACUCAUCAGACGGUGCGCGCCAGGCGAGCCUCGCCAGAUCCCCCGGUCCCCAGAAAGCCAACCCUUUCAGCGUGGAGAGUCUGCUGUCGGACUCGAGGCCACGGCGUAAACCUGCUGUCGACUUCCCAGUUGCCUCUGCGCGACCUUUGAUAGGGAAGGGCCACUUUUUGCUUUAUCCCAUCACACAGCCACUCGGUUUCAUCGUACCACAGACUGCUCUAAAGGGCACGGCGGCGGGCACUGAGGAAGAGCCAAACGUUUCCGUAAGCGACAGUGACAACACAGGAAGCCCAGGACAGAGGAGUGACCCGGAGCUGAGCAGUCUAAACCCAAACGCGACAGCAAUCAAAGGCCAGGUCAGUCCAUCGUGUACAUUGCAGGCCAGUCCGGGCCAAGCCUGUACCGGGGCCUCACCGGGCGAAGCGUGUGCUCCUGAUAAUAGAGAAUCAGAGCUCGUCUGUCCAAAGUCUCCCCCGUCCGAAAAACAGGAGCAGUCAUUAGGCGUGUUCGAUUACCCACAGAGCUCCGAAUCGCCUUCAACCCACACGGACACCGACAAAGACUCGGCUGAUGUCGAUAUGGGAUAAAUCGCGCACUGCACAAAUCGAGGAGUGUCAAUUUAUUUCCUGACACUCUUUCAAACUAAUCCAAGAGGGAAAAAACAAACAAAAACACACUGACAUAUCAACGCGGCCCCCUUUUAAUUUUUUUUAUUGACAUAUUUAUAUUAUGAUUAGGGGAAAUAUCUGUGUGAACACUUGUGUAUGUAUGUGUGUGGUGGGCUAAAUGUUUAUUGAAAAAAAAAAAACAUAGAUCAACACAACACAGCAGCAGCAGCAGCAGCUCCCUGUAACUGUAAAGAGAACAAGACAAAACCUCAAACGUUGUAAAAAAAAAAGUAUUAAAAUAUUUAUAUAUGUAAGUUUUUCAUAAAUAAAUCGAUUGUAUACAAUA